AUGAGUCAGAACGACACUCGCGCUCAGCGACAGCGCGAGCAAGACGAACGUCGGCUCUCAAUUCAACGCAACAACGCGUACUUCUCCUACGUCUCACCGAUAAUCCCAAACGCAGACAUCGAGCGGUCAAUAACCCAUAGCCCAAGAAACCUUCUUCUACCAACAAAUCAAGAAAGGGCGCGCUCCUGCUCCCCCGCUCUCUUAGUUUCGACAGAAGCCCCGCUACCUCCAACAACAACAGCUGGAGAUAGACCGACAGCCCGCUCUACCUCGUCAUCGGCUGCACCCGCUCACGCUCAGACUGAGUCAGCGAAAGCUAAACCGCAAGCAAUAAACGGUACUGCUGCACUACCAGCAAGACAAAACGAAAACGUAAACAAAAAAGCUGUGUCGACCUGGCAGACUGGAAUGGACCGCUACAUUACAAUAAAGCGAAAGCUCAGCCCGGAAAAAUCAGAUCUGGAAAACAAGCCGAAAAAUACACGCGACAACUCUACCUUGAUCAAAAAUGUAGCCCCUGCAAAUACCAACAGAUUUGCCUUGCUGGUAGAUACCGCUGAGGACGUACCGCUGGGAUCCGCUACGUGGAACGCCAAUGGCGUCUCACAGCGCAAACUUGAGCUAGCUCAAUUCCUGCAUGAGAAGCAUAUCGACGUAAUGCUUCUUUCGGAAACUCAUCUCACAAGCAAAUACAAUUUUCAAAUAAGAGACUACCAUUUCUACGGUACAAAUCAUCCCGAAUCAUCAACAUUCAGCUGGAUGUCAACACUCUCCUUACACUAG